AUGCAGAGGGUAGCUAAGGGAGGUCCCAAGCGAACGUCCCGUCAAGAGCACCAGGAUGUGUUUCUCCUGAUCCAGUGCCACAAGACCAUCAUCAUCACGGAGGCGAAGGAGUGGAGGCCAGUGCUGAAGCUGAAGCGCAUCGUUGAGGGCAUCCUCAAGCGGUGCCCUGACAUGCAGCUGCUCUACAGGGAUGACCAGCUUCUGGAUGGUGGCAGGGUGCUGGGAGAGUGUGGUUUCACCAGUGAGAUUGGGUGGCCGCAGACCCCAGCCACUGAAGGGCUAGUCUCCCAGGCAGAUGGUUUCCAGGCCCUGCACAUGGAGCCCUGCCCCAGCCCACUUGAGCUGCCCGGUGUGAUGACCCCACAGGACUCUGGGAGCGGUGCCAAUGAACAGGGGGCGCGGUGA